AUGAAUUAUCGAGAUCGUUCUGUAGAUAUGGUGGUGCUCAAGAAACAUGGUGUCUCUCAAUGCUAUCAACAAGGCUCUGUAUCCAUGUUGGGUAAUAAAAGCAGACCUCAGCCUUCACUAAAUCAAAGUCUACUCUUAAGGCAUAAGAAGUGCCCUGUUCAGGUGUUAUGCAGCCAGAAGAAAGACAUCCCUAUAGUAGAGGCUCGGACCAUGGAUAAAAAAUAUGAUACUUUAGCUGAACGUGUGGUCCCAACUGCAGCUUCAGGAACAAAUACCAGUGCAAUGCUUAAUUCGGGAUUAGAACUGUAUUCUACUCUCACCACCAAUGUGGAUAAAAAUGUGAUUUGUGCAUACAGAAACGCUCUUUCUGUUUUUAAAGGAACAACAUGGUUUCAUAUUCAGGAUCAUGUCCAUUUACAUAUAGGAAUCAGGGCAACACAUGUGGAAGGUUUGAUGUGGAAAUUUAUAAUCAUCAAUCAAAGCCAAUGCAAGAAUUUUGUUGAUGAAUGCAUACUCUGA